AUGUAUUCUUAUUACAAGUCACAGCAGGAAAGAAACAUCAUUCCAUUCAGUGAGAUAAUCCCUGGACUACAAAACUGGACAGCUCUGGUUCAGGUUCUGGACAAGCAAAAGGCAUUACUUUCAAAAGCCGGCAACCGAUAUCAGAAGCUGAUAUUAAUUGAUCAGCAGGGUACAACAGUUGAAGCAAUGAUUUAUAAAUCAGACAUCGACUUCUUCAGAAACCAUUUCCAACUCUACAAACGAUACAUUCUCUGCAAUGCUAGAGUUGAGUACACACCAUCAGAAUAUCGCAGUCAUCCAAAUCAGUGUACAUGGUACAUAGAUAAUUCUACUGUUGUUCAAGCAAUAGAUGAAGUCCAGCCACCUCAGAUUCCAACUGUCUUCAGAUUCUCGCCCUUUACAAAAUUCCACCAGCACAUAGAUGAUAAUACAGAUAUAGUUAUAACUAAGCACAUUCCAAAAUCAGAUGUCUUAGGCAUUGUCGCUGAAGUUCAUCCUCGAAUACAGAGAGCUACUACUGCUACCAGGGAAGUAGUGAUUAUAGACAAAAGCAUGAUGCCAGUGAUUCUGACUCUGUGGGGUGAGCAUGAAACAGAUGAAGGCCAAACGAUUGCAAAUAUCAUUGACACAAUGCCGCUCAUUGUUGCACUUCGAAUUAAAGUAUCAUCAUAUCACACACUGAAUCUCUCAACAAAAUUUGGAUCAAGCAUUCUGGUUAAUCCUCCGAUACAACAAACUGCUGAUCUCAAACACUGGGCUACUGAGACACAAGCAGAAAUCAAGAAACUGAUGGCAGAAAAAGCAUACCACAACCGAGCUAAACUUCUGCCACAACCAAGAGAUGAUGAGCUCACAACUAUUCAAGAUUUCCUUGCGUUUCCUACGAAAAAAGCCUACUGGUUGCGUGGUACUCCAAGGUUACUAGACAAGAGCCAACGAUUAUGGUGUAAUGCUUGUCCACAAUGCCACAAAUCAUUCAGAGGAAAGCCAGCGUGGAAAAUUGUUUGCACUUCAUGCAACAAACAAGUAAAUAUUACUGCAAGAUGCCGAUUAACUGUAGAACUUGCUGAUUAUUCUGGAGUUUUGACGCUUGAUCUUUAUGACAACGAUGCUCUUCAGUUACUACCUUUCACCUUAUUGGAGAUGCAAGACUUAGAAAACAAGCAUGAACUGAACUAUGAAGCCAUUGAAGAGGCCAUUAACAGCACUGUGAUAACAUGCUUUGUGAAGAAAAUGAUAAACACCCAUGCAUCCACCAGUACUGAGAAAUACUCAGCCAUUAUCCUGCACAAAACAUCCAUGGCAGAGAUUCUAUCACAAGUUUCUUUCACCAUUGCUUGCUCAGAAUCAAGCACAGAAGCUGCAAUCACCACUCCACAGGCCAAUGAAACUCCACUCGCUACUGCUCCAAAAGACACAAAUGUGCACAGCAGUUUGCUAUCAACUCUGAAAAUCACAGAGAGCCCAACUAAAAAGCAACGUACCAAAGAAUCUGAAAAGGAAGAAUGA